CAUACAACUUAUACCAACCAACACAGCACAUACAACUUAUACCAACCCUACAACCAACACAGCACAUACAACGUAUACCAACCAACACAGCACAUACAACUUAUUCCAACCCUACAACCAACACAGCACAUACAACUUAUACCAGCCAACACAGCACAUACAACUUAUACCAACCCUACAACCAACACAGCACAUACAACUUAUACCAACCAACACAGCACAUACAACUUAUACCAACCAACACAGCACAUACAACUUAUUCCAACCCUACAACCAACACAGCACAUACAACUUAUACCAACCAACACAGCACAUACAACUUAUACCAACCAACACAGCACAUACAACUUAUACCAACCAACACAGCACAUACAACUUAUUCCAACCCUACAACCAACACAGCACAUACAACUUAUACCAACCAACACAGCACAUACAACUUAUUCCAACCCUACAACCAACACAGCACAUACAACUUAUACCAACCCUACAACCAACACAGCACAUAUAAGUUAUACCAACCCUACAACCAACACAGCACAUACAAAAACGCUCUCUUUUCCUAACAAAGGAACACAGGCUUUUAAAGCUGCAGAAAGAGUCGGUAAUUGAAGACAACUGUAUCCCCUGACGAGAGAGCGGGGUCAGAGCGCCAAUUAGCAAUGGGGCUGACCAAUCAGCUGCUUGGAAUCCAAGGAAGCCCUUUCCUGAAACACACACAUACAAACCCACAGCACAGAAACAGGGGAAACGUAACACAUAUCAUGCCCGUUGCUGUUUGUCAGUUCUCAGGGACCAGAGCAGCGAUAAUGACGAGGGUUUACGGGAAGUUCUGCAGCCGACACAACGAGGCCGUAAACAUCUACAAGGAGAUGCACUCCAAAGACAAACGCUUCCAGGCCUUCAUCAGGAAGAUGAGUAGCAGUAUCGUCCGGAGGCUAGGUAUCCCAGAGUGCAUUCUGUUAGUCACCCAGAGGAUCACCAAGUACCCCGUCCUGAUGCAGAGAAUACUACAUCACACCAAAGAGAAUGAGGAAGACCAUGAGGACCUGAGUGAUGCUCUAUACCAGGUCAAGGAGGUCAUCACUGCAGUGGACAGCAAGGUGAACGAGCAUCAGAAGAAGAGGAGGCUGAAGGACAUCUACAGCCGGACAGACAGCAAGUCGAUUAUGAGGAUGAAGAGCGGUCAGAUGUUUGCUAGAGAGGACCUGCUCAGAGGGAGAAGAUUGCUGUAUGAUGGUCCUCUGCAGCUGAAGACCUCACAGGGGAAACUCAAGGAUGUAACGGCCAUGCUUCUCUCUGAUAUCGUCGUCUUCCUACAGGAGAAAGACCAGAAAUUCGUCUUUGCCUCUCUGGUAGGUGAUUGGUUAAGACCAGAAAUAUGUAAAUAUCUCUUUGGCACUUUGUUAUCUUAUUGAUCUUAU